AUGACUUUGAUGACGAAUACAAGUCAAGAAAAGAUCGUCAAUUACGGAAGCAUGCAACAUCCAGUGGCUAUCGAGCAUGCUCAACGUAAAAAUUCAAUCAAAUUUUUGAUUGCUUUACAAAUUUUGACAACGGUUCUCACUUUGAUAUUGGUUGGUACAUUGUAUAGUAUGACCUACAAGCAUCCUACUCGUGAAGAAAAACACCAACCAUACACCAAUAUUGUUCCGACACAGUCGAAGAGAAAUGGCAGCAUUUCAGUUCUCUAUGUACUCGAUCCAAUUGGUCAUUCAUUCUGUUUUCGUGAUGGACUCUACGGUGAAACAAUAACAGAUUGGACUGUUUACAAUCGAUGCAGCGAUCUUGAUUUCAAUACCUAUUAUAAAGGUAAUUUUACUGUUGGUGUUGAAGGUGGCCGAGUUGCAACAAUCAUUGACCUUGGCACAGCCACCGAACUUAGAGUCAAAUACAAAUAUGAAGAGACUGUUGGAAAUGGUCAAGGAUACGCAUCGAUUCAUCGGCAAAACAAAACUUUACUUAUUCUUAAGGAUUAUCGAAAUCGUACUUAUCAAAUAAUGGACGAAUCACCUGCAUUAUUCCAAGAAGGAAAAGUAUUAUCGACUGCUGCUGUCAAACAAGGACAUAUCUAUGCUCUUCGAAUUAGUGACAGUUAUGAUCUAACAUUCGAACGUAUCGUCAAAAUGUUAGUCAUCGCGUAUGAACCAAAUGUAUCAGUCACAAUUCGUUGGGAAGUUUUAUUUUGA